UGUUGUGCGAUAUUUCUCCCCGCCCGCUCUCUCUCCUCCAUUGUUGUUCUUCAUUCACUCUUCUGACCGAACGUCCGGUUCUUCUUCUUCCAUUUGCUCACCCUGUUUCUUCGGCCGCCCUUCAUUGCUUCAUGUGGUACUCCUGAAAUCUAAAGAGGAUGUGAUUUCGAGAAUCAUAAGCGCGGCUGACAAUAUAAGUGAAUUAAAGAUGCAGGGACAUGCAGACACUCAGCUUUCUUCUGCCUCUGAAUAUGACAGCAACGAUGAUAAUCAAGUUUCUUCAAGUUCUAAGUCCGCAACAUCCAGAACUUCUGCGAAGACAUUGUACUGGAUUAUCAAAAUUUUUAAUGAAGUCAAGAGGCAGUGUGUUAGGGAGAUAGGAUUUGGUGGCACACUUGAAAUUCCACUAUGGAAUUCAAUUAGUCGUAUCUUUAGUACCUGGCUGCUUGCUAAUGUUGACUGCACCAACCUUGCAAUCGUUGUUGACAAAUUGCGUAUGCUCCCAUUUGUACCGGAAGAUGUCAACAGGGCUUUUGGUGUUCCGUGUGGAACCCGUGAUGUGCUUGGACCAGAAACAAGAAUCUCUAACACCGCGUUGGCGUACAUUAGGGAACAAGCCGGCAUUCCUGGCAACAAAGUGAGCCUGAAAGAUGCGGAGAGAAUUGUUCUUAUGGAACUAACGGCUGACAGCACUCGACUGGAGAAGGAUUCUUUCAAGAUGGCAUACGUCAUCAUUGUUAUGGGUCACAUGCUAUCACCUUCAACAAAGUACGAUCAUGUCAACGCUGAUUUCCUUGGUGCAUUACGAUGUACAGAGGAGAUAGGACAAUACAAUUGGUGUGCAUACAUUAUUAAAGGUAUCAUUGAUGCUGCUAACAAAGUACAAGAUGACAUCACCAAGAACAGAGUUGUUUCCAACAUUGCAGGUGCUCACAUAUUCCUUCAGGUGCACUAUCUGGAUAACCUCUUGCUUGGACCACUUCAACCCAAAAAGAACAUUUUCCCUCGAUGUAAGGUGUUUCCAACAGAUGUAAUAAACAAACUAAUCUUGGCGGAUACCAAACCUGGAGGUGGAUAUGGUGCAUGCAAGUUCAACGCGAGAGGUAUAUCCAUCGCUCCCACGCCAUCAACCAGUCAUAUUGUCGCCGCAGCAUCAACUAUUAAUCCGCUGAAAAACCAGAUGGGUGCAACACCGGCUACGUCAGCGCCGCUUUUUUCCAAUGUACCGCCAACCUAUUCCGCAACUGCUGCGCUGACUGCUGCCACCUUGCCACGAUUCCUCAGGGAAAAGUACCCGCAAUUGAACAACACAGCCCUUGCAGACGCAUUCAAGCAGUACAAUGCUAACAUGACCAGAGCAAUGAAUGAGAGGCAUUCAGCUGAGAAAAACAGUACACUACAACAGAAUUUAUGGCUCGCUGAUAAGGUCUUAAGAUUCAUUAGUUCUCAUAGUACAGGCAAUCAACUGUAUUGUCGAAUGUCAGGACUGAAGCAUCGUCAUAGCUCUGCCCAGAUAGAAGGGACUCAAAAGACUCAUGCAUAUGAAACUGAAGCUGACAGCAAGGACCGUGCGAUAGAAUCAACACCCAAGAGGUCCUCACCUACAGUCAAUAAUGCAAGUUCCAUUAAGAAAUGUAAAUCUGAUGCCUCAGAUUCCACAAGAAGUUGCUUCAAGGACAUGGAUUUUGAUCCACCUUCCUUUGAUCUCGGAGUCGACACGAUGAAAACUCUCACACCACAAAAUAUUACAUCAUUCGCAGCUUCCAACGACGAUUCAACGAAAACACCUCCCCCACCAGCGCCGACAUGUACACCAUGUUCUCCUGCUGCUACUAGAGCUUGCAUGGAAGUCGUUAUGGCUGACCUGAUCCUCAGAACUGACAAUGUAGACUGUCCUGAGAGCAAGGUCUUGUUUGGUCAUUUCUCUGCAUCCCCACCGGACAAACGACGGACCAGAAAAGGCGUUUUUGCCCCAUCUCCUUGGUCAGAAGGGUACAUACAUCCGAAACCACCUGGUGACUUAAUGGUUAGUCUUAUGGAUUGGAUCAGUGACGCGGGGUUACAGUACAUGAAGAUCAAAUGGAUGACAAGCGAAUUCCCUCGGUACAUCUUUGUACCUGGGAGUGAAAUCAGGGAUCAAAUUGUACGUUCAACCAAUCUGGACUUUGAACUCUGUGACCUACUGCUAAGAAGGUUCACUCAGCUAGAUACUAUGAUGGAACCGAACAGCAGCAAGUUUCGUUGGCGUCAUAUCCUCGAAAGUGAUUUUUCGCUGUUCUCUCAGGCAAUGAUGUCACCGCACUCGUAUCAGUCCGCCAACAAUUCAUCAGCGAACAAGUUAGGUACAACAUGUCAUGCACCCGCAUGUUUGCCGUACCUUCGUUCCUCGAAGGAUAUUUGGUGUGCCUAUAUCUUUGACAUGAAGGAAGAAAUCAUUCAUGUUCUCGAUCCAUUCCUCCAACAAGACCCUGUUGGCAAAAUGAAAGACUUGCAUAUACACACAUCUGGUCUACUUCAUUACAAACUCUUCGACUGCCUCAACAACUUCUUUGAGAACUGGAAUCCUACAAAAAAGGAUUGGCCUCUUGUUUUUCCUAUCCUCACAAACGACAAAUUCAGGAAAGAACAGAGUGGACUUUGUAUGUUGCACUGUCUUCGUAAUUACAAUGGGGAUGAGCUAGAACAACCACUCACAUUGAAAGGGUACUCAAGGCUGCAACACACAUUCCUCUAUGAAAUCCUCACUAUCGAGAAGAACAAGACCAGACUUCCAGUACCUGUGUUGAAGAUCAUUGGUGAACCGAAAGAUUGAUCACAUCCUGCUUGUUGUAAUCAAUGUACCUAAGAUGGCGUGUAACUAAGUGCCAUGGUGACACUGCCUUUUGUGAACGUGCUGCCUAAGACCUGCUAUUGUCCUCUGUUGUUCGUACUGUCAGUACCUACUAAUCACAUUUCCUUCCAAGUGCA